GUGCGAUGAUGGCUGUAUUAUGGGUUUUAGCACCGUGUAUUCAGUAGAGGUUUAUCAACGUUUCAGAGGUCUUUGCUGUCUCCGUCAUCAGGAACAAGACGAGGGCCUCUGAAACGUUGGUAAACUUCUACCGUAAGUGUGCGUAGCCCUCAGAACGUUGAAGCUGUCAUAGCAGUCAUGCAAAAACGUCCCAGAAAAUCAACCCGGAGGGCAGAGGCGUGUGGUUCUCCACCGAUACCCUUGCUCGCCAUGGAUGUGAACAGAAUUGACCACCCAAUAACCCGGACAUAAACCUCUGCGAAUUCUUCCUCUGGGGCUACAUUAAGGAAAAACUUUUUUUAAAAACAGCCCAAAUAGUGCAACUUCUGGCUUUGAUUGUUCAAAUGUAAGAUAAAAUUUCUGUCCAGUCGUGUUUCUGAAGGUACACGACAUAACGGUGGUUAUAUUAAGCACGUAAUCCAUAAAGGAUAAAUCUCCACGAAUUGCUCUUUGUAUUCAUAAAUAAAUAAAUAUAAUUAUAUGAAUAUUAAAGCUUUUAUUCAAACUUUCAAUCGGGUAUCUUAUCUUGCGCCACUGUGUAUAAAUUUAUUUCGCAGUCAAGGACAAUCUUACAGGCCAGAGUUCUCAUCACGAAUUUCACGUCCGUUUAACUAUCAAAUGUAAAGUGAGAUUUGAAGAUCUCACUGGGGCAAGUCUUCAUCCUAUAAGAUAUAGUCUCGUAGAAGGUGGUCGUUUCAUAUCGCCCUGAUGAUUGAGGCAGUAAGAACCUCUGAAAGGUCGUAGAAUUUCUACAAGACUAUACGGGCCAACAUUCCAUAAGAUAUCAAUAAAACAUUUGCAACAAGUGUUUUUACGACAAUUUAUAAAACUUAUAUACAAUAUUUCUUAAAGUAGUUUGACGAAAACCAGUCAAGUCUUUCUGAGUCCAUCACAGUUUCUCGAGAGCCAUCUUAGUUACAGCAUCGUGUUUCCUGACGAGACCGUCUACGUGACGGCAGCGCUGUCGUUGCAAGGAACUAAAUUGCAGCUUUAUCUCACUGUAACAGCCAGUUUCCUUCUUCAGAUGUUGCCUCAGUAGAAUGUUGUGUACGCCGAUGAUAGCGACUAUAUUACGGCCAGACAACAGGGGAUAACGCAGACGAAGCGUGAAGCCAGCCACAUGAUUUCAUCUAAUAGUUGCUGUAAGCGCCACUAGUUGCAGUGUCAGAAUGCCGGAGCAGUCAAAUGACUACCGUGUAGUGGUGUUCGGAGCAGGUGGUGUGGGGAAGAGUUCCCUAGUGCUCCGGUUUGUGAAGGGAACAUUUCGAGAAUCAUACAUCCCCACCAUCGAAGACACAUACCGUCAAGUGAUCAGCUGUAAUAAGAACAUCUGCACACUACAAAUCACAGACACUACAGGGUCACACCAGUUUCCCGCCAUGCAGAGGUUGUCGAUAUCCAAAGGUCACGCCUUCAUACUCGUCUACUCUGUCACAUCUCGUCAGAGCCUGGAAGAACUCAGGCCAAUCUGGGACGUCAUACGAGAGAUGAAGGGUCCAGACCUUGCCGCCAUUCCGGUCAUGCUUGUCGGUAAUAAGUGUGACGAGACAGAAAACAGAGAGGUGGCAACAACAGAAGGCGAGAGUGAGGCUUCACGUUGGGGAUGCAACUUCAUGGAAACUUCAGCCAAAACAAAUCACAAUGUGAAGGAAUUAUUCCAGGAACUGCUCAACAUGGAAAAGAACAGAAAUAUUUCACUGCAACUAGACUCAAAGAAAAGCAGUCGUCAGAAACUGCCUGGAUCUAACAAGAUAAAGGAGAAGUGUAGUGUCAUGUGAAUUAAUAGCUCAACAUUAAACAUAUGUUCUGUUCUGUGAGAUUUGAGGUUCGUACUGUGGUAAAAAUGGCAUUGUCGGGCUUCUAGGUUGCAACACUGUAAAGAUGGCAGCAAUGCGUUCCUAUGGAACUUUGAUACGAACCUACAAGUUCAAGUUACAACCCGUAAGACCAACAUUGACAGGCGUUACAUAGUUUUCUGAUAAAGUGUGAUUUGGUAUUGUGCAGAACACCGAGAGAAGAAAAACUGUAAAAACAGAAAGCAUUUAGGUUGUCAUAUGACUGCAUCACACGACAGCCGGUAUAUUAUGAUUCGUGGUCAGCAAGUGGGUGGUUUCCUAGCUCAAUACAGUUAAAACGAAUGGUACGCCGGCUUGCGUCUGCCACAUUAGUAGUGCAUCCAAGAUUCAAGAAAGGAGCUACAUGAAAUCAAAGCAUUUAACUACUUCGAACACGAUUAUAUGAUGCAAGUUUUGUGAAGGAAAUGCGAUAACAUAUUGAGUUUGGUUGUAAUUAUAAAUCCCAAAAAAGUUCUUUCUUGUCUUUGUUUUUGAGUAGUGUAUAGAAGCAGUGGCUUGUCGACUGUGAUAAUGGUUAACUCAAAUAGCACUUUGGACAAAAGCAUACUUUACUCUUAACACAAGAGUUUAUUAAAUAAAUCCAUCUUGUGAAAUUAAUUAAUAUAUCUUUACAGAUGUAAAAUUUUAUAGUAAUAAUACAAAAGUGAAUUAAUACGAAGGUUCAGCUAUGACAUUAAGGAGACCAAAAAUAAAAUAUGGUAUAAGUACAGUCCUCUGUGAGAAUCCUCCUACAAGAAUAUCAUAGUAAAGGGAAAAAUAAAAUCUCAUUGUUGCAAUUUUCUUUCAUAUACGAAUGUUAGAAGGAAAGAAAUAUAUAUUUAUUUAUGAUUGAUCGAAUAUUAAGAAAUCUGUAUGUAACUUCAAUAUAGUAAACUUCCCUAGAAAACCACUAUACAUAUUAAAAAUUAUGCUAUUCUUCCAUGCCUCUUGAUCUGGUAUCACUGACCGCAUGCCACUGCUACCCAAAGGUUGAAUUUUAAUAUUUAAGAUACGAAAAGUAACUAUAAAAUAAUAAUUGUUAAUGAUGAAUCUGUAAGUCUGAGAACUACAGGAAUUGAUGUAUAUAUAAUCUCUCUUCUGUCAACAAUAAGUGGCCUGGGACAUGAAUUUUGCAAUAAAAAAGAUAUAUGAUUCCUACUCGAUGUAGUACGGUGUGGCCACAUUUGACUACCCAGGUCGCUCUUGAUAAUAGACUGAUCUAGAUAUAUUAAUCAGUGCACAAAUGAGACGAAUGGUACUGAAAGUUAAAACUAAUCUCUGUUCCUUGUCUUUAUAAAUGUACUGAAAUUGUUAAAUACAGCCUCAUGCAUGUUUUUUGAUUUCUCAGUGUAUAACUGAACCCCUAUCAAUUAAUAUUUUAAUGUCUUUAUUACAAAAUAGUUAAUAAAGAAUUUAUUUAAACUAUACUCACACACUGGAGCUACUAUUACAUCCACAAAUUCUCAGCACUGCUGAAACUGCAUUAUUCUUUUUAAACAGUAACAGACUGGUUAUUUGAAAGCUUCGUAAUUAACCGUAGCAAUUAAAAAGUACCCAUUUAAGAUUGCUGGGUUUUUUAACUUUCUCCUUCAUCUGAUAUUAUAAAAUUACAUAACAUUUCAAAGACUGGAUCUGCCCUUUCCUUUACGUAUAUGAAAGGGGAAGGGCAUCUAUCCUGUGGGAUCGGUUUGAAUGAGCUAAUCUAAAUCACUGGAUUAGCUCAUUUUAUCACUCCACAGAAUAGAUGCCCUUCCCCUUCACGAUACCUAAAGACAAGGAAGGGCAGAUCCAGCCCUCAAAACGUGUAAUUUUAUAUCAGACGACAGACAAAGUCCGGAAACCCAACACUCCAGAUUACAUUACAUUAUCAUCAAAAUAUUUAGAGGCGUGUCUAAAUUCUCCAAUAUGAUUCAUAUCCAAGGAAAAACUAUUCAUCAACAAUCAAUAAUGAAACUAGCUUAGAAAUAAUCUUCAGUGAGUCACUGCUGUGUUAUCAAAAGUGCUGUCAGUCGUAAUAUUCCAUUUCAGCUUCACUGCAUUUAAAUGUAAUAAUAAAAAGGGGUUAUGCUGUAUAUUUUUAAAGAAGUGUCAAGUUCUGAAAUGGAUCAGUCAAUAAAUUACUUAUUAUUUUCCACAACAAUGUUUGAACGUAAUAUAUUAGUUUCCAUCCUUAUAGACCUACACAGGAAAUUAUUCUGAUAAAAUCCGGUACUGCCAAAUACAACAAGACAUUGACUCAUAGAUACACAUAUUUAAGUAUUUUCUUGAUUAAAAGAAUCUAACAAAAACUUAAGCCUUCAGUAAGAAAAAGAUUUUAUGUUAUGUACAGAUUCUCAAUGUUAUUUUAAAGGCAAAUGCCGGGUCUCAGAUGAAUCCCUUAGCUCAGGUCAAACAAUAUGGCAAAAUGCUGCCUGGUCAGGGCUAUUAUACACCUCUUGGGGUGGUGACACAUAAGUAUGGAGCAAAAUGAUGAUUAGCCAUGAAAAACUGGCUCCAGUGCCACUUUAUCCACCAUAAAUCCCUCUUGAAUAUUAAAUUUAACUUCAAGAAUAGUUAAAUCCACCCAUUUUUGCAACAUUUCUCCAACUUUCCUUUAACCUUUCAUGGCCUUCAAAUUUGUUUUUAAGAUUGCAGAAUUAGGGACAAUGUUAGGGCAUACAAAGUUGCACAGUGCUAACUCAGGAAUGUGGCGAUAUGCUGCAAAAUUACAAAAUUUUCCCUUAACAACACCAUCAUAUAACCAGCUUUUCAAAGGGGCAUGUGAGUUAUUAGCAGCUGUACAUUUAAUCCUGUAUAAUCUGGCUGGUAGUAUUAGAUUGUAAGAAUCUUGCAAUUGAGGUUAUGUUUGUACCAGACAGUGGAUAAUAACCAUGAAGCAUCCUCUUACAUAAUGAUACCAUUAUAAAAAAAAUAUGGAACUACAUUACAUAAUGCUUAUUUUAUUUCUAAUUAUGAACAAAAACUGUAUGUUAUCAUUACAAUUAAAAUUAUUCAACAAUGUUUGAUCAACACUGCAAGCCUCUACAAGCAUGUAUGGAACAGCAAUAUUUGUUAACAAAUCAAUUAAAUUUAAAUGUUCUUUUGUUUAGAUUUUGAGAAAAGGCUGGAACUUACUUUGUAAGCACAAUUACUGCUAUAAAUAUGACUGUCCUCUGGAAUGCUAUUCCAUGUCAUCUGGUAGAAUUUUACAAACAUUUCAGAGGUGCUUACUGCCACUAUCAUCAGGGUUAUGAAACACUGCCCUGAUGAUAGAAUCAGUAAACACCUCUGAAACAUCAGUGAACUUCUACCAGACUGCACAGCGUAAUAUCCUAGAAUACAGUAGUCUUUAUACCCACUGCCAUAAGAGCCUGAAAUCACAUAUUCAGUGCCCUCUACUUCCCAAGAAAAUUUUGACAGCAGUUAUUUACUGGCUUUGGGGCAUCGAAAAUUAAAUGAAUAAAAAAUAAAGAUAAAUAGCUUAAAAUAGAAUAUAACAAACAACUAAAAACUGAAAGAGAAAACAAAAUAAAUAAAUGUGUGUGUUUAUAUUCAUGGCUGUAAUAUGCUACGAACAAUACUUGGUAUCAUUUAAAAUGGUUCAUGGAUGUGUGUAGUGAAGUCGACAAUGUGACCACUCAAGACACUUCCUGAUACAAUGCCUCAUGAGAAUGGCACAACUUUAGUCGUCACUGUCAGUUAAAUGAUAAAUUUUGUGCUGACAAUGUACAUUUGGUAUCAUAUUCUCCUAUAUCAUGCAAACCGAAUGUAAAAUUAUAAAAACUGAAUUUUUAUUUAUACUAAUGCGCAAUAUUCAUUAUCGGAAAGAAACGUGGGCUGGAGACGCAAGGCUAAACAUUCACGCCAACCCUCAUGGUAUCCUAGCAGCACCAGUAGUGUGAGGCGAGUGUAAUUAACUUUCAGUAUUGCAUACCAGACAUUAUCAUCCUAUGUUCAGUACGCACUGAGAAGGAAUAAACUGAUAUUAACUCAUAAGUAGGGCAAACAAAUUUGUUUCUAAUUAAAGAAAUACAUUGCAAUUUUUGUAAGGAAUAAGUUACUUCAACCAUCCAAGUCACAGCUAACUUGCACGUGCAACGGUAACUGGGUUGGAUGUAACACACAAAUUAUUACCUUUAAAAUGUUAACCCUUAGUAUGAUUUGAUAUAUGUGAAAACUUUACCCUACAUAUAAGUUGUAAUAUCUAACCUGAAUACAAGAAUUGAUCAGAAAUACACUUUCAUGAUCCAAACUACUGUUACAAAAAAAAUCACUAUUUCUUGCCAUUCCUGUAAUUUUCAAAAACCACCAGAAUAUGCAGUAAAAGUUAUGUUGUAUGUCACUACAUUCACAAAUUUGUAAAAAAAAAAAAAAAAAAAAAAAAUAUAUAUAUAUAUAUAUAUAUAUAUCAUUCAGACGGUGAAAUAAAUUAUGUACUCGGGCUAGUUUUAAAUUCCACAUAUAGUUUGUUCUGUUUAAGUUUCGUGGCUGGUAGAUUCUUGUACUAUAUUUUUCCUAAGGAACAUGUUAAAAUAAAUAUGGUAAUGAUGACCAGUACAGAUUCUCGGUUUAAUAAAUGUUCGGUAAAUGUGACAGUACAGAAUUCAGCAACAAAUACUAAAACAUCUUUGAAAUCAAAGUCAGUGCAUAAAUAUUACUCUAGUUCCUUUUUAGAAUUUGUUUCUUCUUUAUUAAAAUACCACUGACAACAAAUAAAUUAAUUUCUUUAUUAUCUUACUUCAGGGAGUAAAAUGUAAUUAAUAUUAUAUAUUUAUAGAUUCAUAAAACAACAAUCUAAGGCGUGAACUUUAUAGACGGGAAAGUUUUUAAACAAUAUUUUGGUUAGUUACACUUGUUUAAUUAAUGUUUUAUUCAACUUCUCAUAUAUAAUAUAAUAAUCAAUAACCUUUAUUUGCCUAUAUCCACAAUAAUAUAAAGAAAAUUAUUGUGUUAAGUGAGAUGAUAGAAAAAGACUUUUCACUCAUAAAUAGUCCUGUAAUAUUCAUAUAAAAGGUGAUAAACAUUUCAUUCACAUUGUGAAUGUUGUGUUCAUUAUUUAUGUGAAUUUAUGAGCUCUAUAUGAGGAAAAUGCUUACUUUUAUAUCAUCUUUUGUAUUUAUUUAAUCUAGAUAACAUUUUCAAAGUAAAAUAUGUACUAUAUGUUGUUUUUGCAACAUAAAUUUCAUUACAUGUUUAUUGUACCUUAUCUACUUACAAAUUCUAGUAAGAUUUAAUAUUUAAUGUUUUUUGGGCAUUCUCUGUUUUUCUGAAGUGCUACCUGGUUGAUUAAAAAUGUACAUCGAAUGUUACAUUCUUUAGUGGAACUGUAAUAUCAAGUAGUUACAUUGCCGAGUAAAAUUAUUUGGAUGCAAACCAAUAUUUCAGAACAUAACCUCUGACGGCUAUAAAUAUUGAACUUAAUAUAUCUCUUAUAAGAGGAACACCAGAUUUUUGAGCCACUGUAAUUCUAUACUAGAAAAUAUUUGAUGCAAAGACACUAAGCUGUACAAUUAUUAAUUUGAAAAAUUCUGCUAGCAUGUUCAUAUGGAUGGAAGACAGACUAAGAAUUUCAUGUUUACAUUCUGCAAUAAGUAAAAUGUAAGUAUCCGGGUUUCGUUAAAAGAAACAUACGACCGGCCACCCAAAACUGACGUGUAAUAUUAACACUUUUGUUCCUCAAAGAUAUUGCACAGAAGAAUUAUUUUGUGUGACAAUAAAUCCUUCUUUAUAACAAAGUUUAAUGAUUUCAAAUUUGGGGGGGGGGGGGGGGGGAAAUA